AUGCUUCCAAUCAAGAAAGUUGCAGUCCUUGGUGGGACCGGGGCGUUGGGAGAAGCACUCAUACCCGCUCUAGUACAAGCCGAUUUUGAGGUGACAUGCAUCACCCGUACUGGGAGCGGAGGCACAAUCCCUCCAGGCGUGAGCAUCAAAACAGCCGACUACACCGAUGUCGCAGCCCUCACAGCAGCUUUCAAGGACCAUGAUGCCGUUGUCGAAGCCUUCAACCCCGCUGCAGCAACUAAUCAGACACACAUUCUAAAGGCUGUCCUCGCUGCAGGGGUGAGACACAUCAUCACACCUGACUUUAGCGGCAACACGUUCCACCCCAACGCAAAGGAGAUCAUCAUCUUCAACCCGAAGCUUACUGCUCAGCAAGUGCUUGAGCGAGUUGUUGCAGAGUCUCAGGGGAAACUUACAUGGACGGCCAUCAUCUCUGGUCCAUGGUACGAUUGGACUAUCGAAAAGGGUAUAUUCUGGAUCAACAGAGAGAAACGUACAAUUACGCGUUACGGCACAGGCGACCAGAAGUACAGCAUAAGUCGCCACGCCCUGAAUGGCGAGGCAUUAGUCGCUGUCCUGAGCGAUCAUGAGAAGUAUCGCAAUCGGCCCGCAUACUUUGCCAGCCACACCGUAUCCACCAACCAGCUCAUUGUUAUGGUCGACAAAUUGGGAUUGACGGGUUGGAAAGUUGUCGAUGUACCGUUCGACGGAUUCUCGGACAGAGCACAUGCAAUGUGGCAAGAAGAUACAGAGAAGGGUGUUGAGGACAGGCUGAACUCCAGGGCAUAUGAGGCUCUUGCUACCGUUGCUCUUUUGGACGAGAAUAACCGCUAUGGCUCCGACUUUGGGGACAAAGUAGAAGCCGGGUGGGAUGAAGGAGAGGAGGUACUCAUGAAAAUGUUGAAAACACUGCUCGACUAG